GGCAUCUUUUACGUCAAGGCUACAUCGACAAGUGUGGUGCCUCUACCUCCACGUACCACCACCCCGUCAAGUCUGUUGCUGCCAUCCCCUUGCACCUCCCCUUUCCUCCCAGCAUUAUCACGGCCCAAACGCCGUGCGACGUCGACAAACCCUUUUCUUGGUCCCAGGAAUACCCAAUGUCCGCCGUUUCGCCACACUUCUCUCUUGACGAAAUGGGAGCCUGGUCUCCCUUCAUUUCACUAUCCUCCGAGAUGACCCCAGAUCUGCUCUUCUCCUCGCCUUCAGCAUCGGACGACUGUCCAAACGUGUUUGACAUUCAAUUCGGACGUUCCUUGCAUCAGCAACAAAAGCAGCGGGAGCGAUCUCAAGAGCCACAGCCCCCACCCCAAUUCCCCGAACAGGUCUCCCCUCCUCAACUCCGAACUCCACCGACCGUCACCAAGUCCAAUAUUAAGACUUCUCCAUCUUCUCAAGAAAACGCUUCCCCACGCCGCCGCCACCCAUGCCUCAUCCCCGGAUGCCUGAGGCGUUUCACAAGUCAGUAUACGCUCAAAGCACAUAUGCAGGCACACAAACCCAAGCCUCGCGUAUCGUUCGUAUGCACGCUCGGUUGCGGGGAGCGGUUUUCUAGACAACACGAUCGGCUCAGACACGAAGUGGCGAAGCACAACAAGGUCUGCGAGUUUUCGUGCGAGGCAUGUGGGCGGUUUUUCUCCAUGGCCAAGACGCUGGGCAACCAUAAAUGUCCUGUAGCACAAGGUGGAACGAGAUGGGUCAAUAAUUAGCGACGAUUCUCUUCUUUUGUGUAUUUUUAGGUGCUUUCGGGUGUGCACAGAUGGAACAAACGCUUUCGAACUCUUGUCAUGUGUUUGCCUCGCAGUUUGUGCGUAUACGAUGCACAGGACGCCACAUUCAACGUGAAAGGUGACCUUACUACUACGGGUAUUCCAUUAUGAGAUGGGUGUCAUCAAGUCUGACAAUACUUUUUACUUGGUUCCCCUCAUCCGCUUCUUCUGAUCCAAGACAGCCUUUCUCAGACGUAUCGCCUUGGGGGUAACUUCUACAAGUUCAUC